ACCAGCUAUCUGCAAGAGCGCCUUUGUUAAAUAAUAUCUGGUUCGGGUUACCUUCCAUCCAUUACGAGCAUGACGGGUCACUGAUAGUCAUUCCUUUAAUACAAGCUAUCAGCCUCCCUCCACAUCACCUAUUCCUAUCUCUUUUGCUUCAAUUUCUAUGUUCCUCUUCACCAUAACCCUCUCGUAUAACGCUUGUAUUAUCGAUGUCUGCGUCUGAUUUAACCAAUCCAAAUCCAGCCUGGCUGGACAAAGGCGACCAGGCAUGGCAGCUCACUGCUGGGACGCUGGUCGCGCUUCAAUCCAUCCCGGGCCUGGCGAUCCUAUAUGCUGGCUUCGUAAAAAAAAAAUGGGCUAUAAAUUCCGCAUUCAUGGUUUUCUAUGCCUUUGCCGCGACGUUAAUUUGCUGGGUCAUCUGGGCAUAUAAGAUGGGCUUUGGGGAGCAAUGGGGCGCAUUUCCCUUAGUAGGAACACCCGGUCCUGUCUUGACGAUGCAGCAAAAUCUAGCCCGAGCUACCUUACCAGCUGCUAAUCUAUCUCCGAAUUAUAACCUGUCUACUAUGGUUUACUUCCAAUUCGUUUUUGCCGCAAUCACAGUUAUAAUCCUUGGUGGCUCUCUCUUAGGAAGAAUGAACUUCGUGGCAUGGAUGGUUUUCGUUCCGUUAUGGAUAACGUUUAGCUAUACUGUUGGAGCUUUCAGCGUUUGGGGCGGAGGAUUUCUAACUCAAAUGGGUGUCCUCGACUACUCAGGCGGAUACGUCAUCCACUUGAGCUCUGGAACGGCUGGUUUCGUGGCCGCGUACUGGGUGGGCCCGCGCUUGCAAAAGGACAAAGAUUCCUUUUAUCCUAACAACAUCUUGCUCAUGCUUGUCGGGGCUGGCAUCCUCUGGGUGUGCUGGAAUGGCUUUAACGGUGGAGAUCCGUACGCUGCUAGUCCUGAUGCUGGAGUAGCAGUGCUCAACACUAAUAUCUGUACCGCGAUGAGUCUCCUGGUCUGGACUAUUCUCGAUUUCAUAUUUUUCAAGAAGCCAUCUGUUAUUGGUGCCGUGCAGGGCGAGAUCACCGGUCUGGUUGCGAUAACACCUGCAGCUGGUUUUGUUACCGGUUGGGGUGCCAUUGUUAUCGGUGCUUGCUCUGGAUCCAUCCCUUGGAUAUCGAUGAAUAUUCUCGGAAGAAUGGAGUGGAUGAAAAAGGUGGAUGACGUUAUGGGAACUGUACACACACACAUGGUGGCUGGCGCUCUAGGAGGGUUUCUAACCGGUCUUUUCGCCACCGUCGAAGGAUGUGCGGCGUUUGGUUUAACUAACCCCGGUGGUGCAAUUGAUGGAAACGGAAAACAGGUCUGGCUACAGAUAGUCGGUGCCUUAUUCAUAAUAGGUCUCAACCUAUUCAUGACCAGUGUCAUAUGUCUAUUUAUUCAAUACGUUCUACGUAUUCCCCUUCGCAUGAAGGAAGAGCAUCUCCUUGUCGGCGAUGACGCCGUUCAUGGCGAAGAAGCCUAUGCGUUAUUCUUUGAAGGCGAAAGAAGUCACCUCAGUCUACACGGAACCGCAUUGGAGAGUGGGCAAAUCACUGAGGGGCAAAGUAUCUUUACACACCCAAUCCCGAGCGGACAUGACAGUCCCGCCGAUGCAUCCGCCAAGGACGAUACGAAAGCUGAUUAGUGUGUAUUUGGAAGGUUUGUAGCAUUCAUGUUAGAUCCGACGGGUACCCCAAGGAUAAUCGCGUCCCUGCACGCACUGAAAUUAGACUUAAUGAAAAACAGCCGAACUUUCUACAAGUGACAAAAAGCCACACACUUGCAUGAUGGUCAACAUUGAACUUGUGUCAAUUUUCAACACUGGAUGAUUGUAUUUGGGCCGUUUCCAUAUACUCUUUGUGGCCAUAAUAUUUU